UACUGUAGAGACGUUGACAGCUGCUUACGGUAAACAUGGCCGAAAAAAGCAUUCUGGAAAGCGAGGAUGAAAACAUUUUAUAUGAUUUGCUUAUUAAUACUGAAUGGCCGCCCGAGACGGACACUCAGAUACGAGGCAACAAGGAGCACAGUACAUCAGUUAUUGCGAAGGCAGUAGCAGGGCCAUUCCGGUUCAUUUUACACUAUUUGUGGUAUAGUCCUUCGAGCUCCUCUCUGCCGCCUGGACUCAUUCGCCUGGCGAGCAAGCAGAUCAACUGGCAACUGGUCCUGGCAAGUAAUGGCAAAUUAUUGGCAGUGGUUCAAGACCAGUGUGUGGAGAUAAGGUCUGCCAGAGAUGACUUUGGCUCCAUCAUCGGAAAGUGCCAAGUGCCAAAGGACCCCAGUCCCCAGUGGAGGAGGGUGGCCUGGAGCCACGACUGCGCCCUGCUGGCCUACGCCGACAGCACCGGCACCGUCCGGCUCUUCGACCUGAUAGGCAGCGAACUCUUCCUCAUCCCCCCGGUGGUGAGCUUUCCAGGAGAUUUCAGCUAUGCGGCGGCAGGCCUGAUAUUGCUGGAGUGCACGGCCGGAGCCCAGUGGUCGGCCGAGCUGCUCGUCAUCACCUACGGGGGCGGGCUCAGGAGCUACCUAGUCAGUGUUGGGGCCAAUCCCAGCUUCCAGGAGAACCACAGCUUUAGCUUCUCAACCCACUACUCCCAUGGGAUCACCUCUGCCAUCUACCACCCCGUCCACCGACUCUUGUUGGUGGGGGGGUGUGAGGCAGGAGAUGAGAGUGUGCCCAUGGCCUCCGGCUGCGGGAUCACAGCGUGGAGGGCUCUGUCUGGUGCUCCCCACUACAAACAGGUCACCAGCUACGAGGAGCACGUCAACACAACCCAGAAGAGGGGCUACUUCAAAAUUCCCAGCUUCAGGUUGUUCUCCAGGCAAGGCGAUGAGAAGGACGGUGUGUUCCGCAUGAGCCUCAGCCCUGACGGCGGCGUGCUGGCCGUCAUCCACUUCUCUGGACGCCUGUCACUCUGGGAGAUUCCCUCCCUCAGACAGAAGGCUGCCUGGAGCCAGGACCAGCAGCCAGGAUUUGAGGAGAUCAACCCCGAGUGGAAAACUUCGCUGGAGAAAAGGAAGAAAAUAAAAGACAAGGAGCAGUACUAUCCGUUGAUGGACGUCAACUGGUGGAGCGAGGACAUGCUGAUCCUGGCCCGCUGCUCUGGCUCGCUGACCGUCUCCUCGGUGCGCUCGCUGCGCAACCUGCUGGGCAAGUCGUGCGAGUGGUUCGAGCCGUCGCCGCGCCUCACCCCCGCGCACGGCGGCGGCUUCCUCAGCCUGGAGUGUGAGGUGCGGCUGGCCCCGAAGCGCGGGCGCCUGGAGAGCUCCCAGAGCACCGGCUCGGGCCACGGCGGCGACGACGAGUACGGCGACGGCGACUCGGACUCGGACGACGAGUCCUCGGCCAAGGCGCGCUACUUCGGCUACAUCAAGCAGGGCCUGUACUACGCCACGGAGAUGGAGCGCUUCGCGCCGCCGCGGAAACGCCCGCGCACCGUGCUGAAGAACUACCGGCUGGUCAGCCUGAGGUCCACCACCCCGGAGGAGCUGUACCAGAGGAAGAUUGACAACGAGGAGUACGGGGAGGCCCUGUCUCUCGCCCACGCCUACAACCUGGACUCUGACCUGGUCUACCAGAGACAGUGGAGGAAGAGCACUGUCAGCAUCGCCUCCAUACAGGACUACCUGAGUAAGAUCCGUAAGCGCUCCUGGGUGCUGCACGAGUGCGCCGAGCGCGUCCCGGAGAACGUGGACGCGGCCAAGGAGCUGCUGCAGUUCGGCCUCAAGGGGACCGACCUGGAGGCCCUCAUCGCCAUCGGCAACGGGGAGGACGAGGGCAGGUUCAUCCUGCCCGGCGACGUGGACCUGGACGACCUCCCCUACGAGGACUUCCUGUCCGCCGAGGAGGAGGCGGACCUUAAGAAGGAACGGGAGGACAAGAAGAGGAAGGAUCUGCUGGCCGAGGUGCACUUCAGCAGGCUGACGUUGGAGCAGAAGGAGCUGUGUCGCAGCCGACUGAAGCUGCUCACCUACUUGGACCGGCUGGCCACGUAUGAGGAGAUGCUGGGAGGCCCUCAUGCGGCUGAGGAGCGCUACGACUCUGAGUUCUUCAAGACGUUCCGCAGCCAGAACAUCAUCGCAUCCGCCCUGACCUCCGCCAGGGAGAGCAAUGUCCAAGCUCUGGAUAUCCUGUUCACCUACCAUGGAGCUGAGCUGCUGAAACACAGGCUGGCCAUCAUCAACAACUUCCCAGAAACCACCUCUCCCCACGAGUAUACCAGGCUACUGCCCGAGGCCUGUCUGGACGAGGACGGUGUGCUGGCGCUGAUACCGUGGGACGAGCAGAGACACAGGGACAUGGACUGGUGCGAGGCGGAGGAGUGCAGAGCCGUGCUGGACCUGAACCUGUGUGACGAUGACAGCUUCCUGUACGAGGAGGCCCCCGAGCUUCUGAGGUUCCGCUCGGCCUCGCCGCCCAUCCCCGUGCUGACGGACUGGUACCUGAGCCGGGCCCAGGACAUCGACUCCUGCUCCAGACAGGUGGACUGCGCCCUGUCACUGGUGCGUCUGGGCAAGGAGCGGGAGAUCCCGGGGCUGGAGUCGCUGUGCGAUGACCUGGUUACCAUGGAGACGCUGGUCUACGAGGCGUCCUGCGAGCUGAGCCUGACACUGCGUGACCUUCAGCAGCUCAGCUCCAUCCACAAGCUCCGCCUCCUGAUGAAGAAUUCGAGCGCCGAGCGCUACGUGAAGGACGCCUUCCAGUGGCUGGUGCCCUUCCUGCACCGCUGCGAGGGCCAGACGGCCGGGGCGGCCGUGGCCCUACUGCGGGAGUACCUGGUGGGCCUGGCUCAGCAGGACCUGACCUUAGCCCUCGUCGUGUUCCGGCAGUCCAAACCCGAUUGUCAACAGAAGCUCAUCAGUGACCCGGACCAGCUGAUGUCGGUGGCGUUGGAGUGCAUCUACAGCUGCGAGCGAGACAACCAGCUCAGCCUCUGCUACGACAUCCUCGAGUGCCUGCCUCAGAGGGGCUACGGGCCAGAGACGGACAUCACAGCCUCACUGCACGACCUGGUGGACCGACUCGAAAAGCACCUCAGUGUGUCCGAGGUGCUGGAGAAGCAUGGCCUCCAGAAGCCCAUCUCCUACGUGAGGAACAGCGAGAGCAGCCUGGGGGAGGCCCACCAGCUGAUGGUCAAACUCUGCCGGCACACCGGCCGCAAAAACCCACCGGUCAGUGAGACGGUGUGGAGGGGAGUUCUGCAAGACCUGCUGGACAUCCAGCAGAGCGUGUACACCUGUGUGACGCCAGAGACCUGCCAUCAGGUCUUCGUGGAGUCCCUACUGUGCUCGAGCCGCGUGGAGAACCUGCGCCUGGCGGGGCAGCUGAUGCACUGCUCCCAGGUCAGCCAGGACGUGCCGGCGAGCGUGUCCUACCGGGGGAAAGGUCCCGCCCUGAGGGUGGCUUAUGACCAGAGCGUGGAGCUAGUGCUGGCAGCCGCCCGCGAGUACUUCAACUCCUCCACCUCGCUCACCGACUCCUGCAUGGGCCUGGCAAGGGCUUGUCUCCAGCUGAUCACAGACGGCCCGCCGGCUGUCCAGGAGGAGCUGGACCUCAUCAGCGCCCUCUGCCAGCUGGAGGACUUUGGCGUCAACAUCCUACCAUUGCAAGUGCGUCUGCGGUCUGACCGCCUGUCUCUGGUGAAGGAGUGCAUCGCCCAGUGUCCCACGGCCUACAGGCAGUCCACCACCCUCCUCCAGCUGGCCUGGUUGCUGCGUGUUGCAGGGGAUGAGGCAGACCAGCGCAAGGGGCAGGUGUUAACUCUCCUGGCUGAGCAGGCUGCCCAGUGUCUCGACUACAAGGCCUCCUACAUCCACUGCCAGGACCUCAUGGCGGCAGGCUUUAGCCCGGCCUGGGAGGUGGUGAGUGUGCUGGGACAGUGUGAGGGCUACGGGGACCUGGCGGCCCGGCAGGAGCUGCUGGCCUUCAGCCUCACCCACUGCCCCCCCGACAGCAUCCACGGUCUGCUGGCUGCUUCCAGCGACCUGGCCACCCAGAUGUUGUACCAGGCCGUCAACCAUCAGAUGGAGCCUAAUGUCACCCCAGCAACACCAGAGGCAGAGGACUCUUCCGCUACACAGCCCGGAACCCCAUCUGCUGGCUCCUCGGGGGGCCGGGCGGGGGACCUGCUCCAGCGGACCACCGCCACCACCAUGAAGGUGCUGACCACCACGGGGAUGACGACCAAGGCGGUGCUGACCGCGGUGGGCGACCACCGCUGGUGGAAGGACUCGCUCAACUACCUCCGCCCGCUGCAGGGUCCUGGCACGGGGUCCGGCGGCCAGGGGGCGGGGCUUGACAACGCUGGGCUAGAGAGACAGGCCUGCGGACCCUUCUACCAGGAGCUCCACCACAACCCCUACAUAGACCCGAGUCAGGACGUGUAUGCAGGCUGCAGCGGCGUGCCCCAGGAGAACUUUGCUGAGGUGCUGCUGAGGACAGGGAAGCUGGCUGAGACCAAGACCGAAGGGGGCACCCUGUUCCCCGCCACCGAAGUGUUGCUGCAGCUGGCCAAUGAUGCAUUCCCGAGAGACAUGACACUUGCCCUAUCUUAUUUACUAGCCUUGCCUCAGGUGUUGGAUGCAAACAAGUGUUUCGAGAGGCAGGCCCACUCCGGGCUGUCCCUGCAGCUGGCAGCCUACUACUACUCCCUGCAGAUCUACACCCGUCUGGCACCCUGCUUCAAGGACAAGACCAACGCGCUCUACCAGGUGGACCCCAAGGAACUGAUUAGAUUGGUCACACAGCACGUGUCGCAGCACUCUGAUUGGCCAGAGGAUCUCGGCGACAUGAUAGGCCAGCUGCUGGUGUACAAUGAGCGUAUGACAGACUUCACCCAGGCCCAGGUGUUACAAGGUCUGGGCAGGGGCGUGGACGUUCAGCGAUUCAGCUCAGACUCAGAGUACAAGAAGGCCACCAUCUUGGGACUUGCUGAGACCCUGGAUGACGCGGUGUACAGGAUCUCUCUGUCCCUGGCUCAUCGCUACAGUGUCCCUCUGUGGGAGGUCUGCAUGACUCACCUGGAGUUCCUCUUCACGGAUAGCGGCCUCGCCACCAAGGACAUCGAGACGCGCAGCGAGUCGCUGGCUCUGUUCUCCACCCUGAAGCAGGAUCCCCAGGCCUUCCAGGGACACAUGUCCAAGUACGUGCUGCCCAGCGUGGAGGGCACCGACCUGGGCCGCCUGCUCUACUACUACACCCUGCUGGAGGCCGCAGGGUGCGGGCCCCACGUCGCGGCCCAGAUCAAGCCAGACACGCACGUCAAGCUGCUCAAGAAGCUCCGGGCCAUCGCCAACGGCCUGGACUACCGCAAGCUGACGGACGAGACCUCGGACCCACUGGUGGUCCUGCAACCGGUGCUGACCAGUCAGAACGUGCUGAACAUCUCCAAGCUGGUCAGCCGGCUGCCCCUGCCCGGCGAGGCCGGGGCCACCGUCUCGCCCAGCGCCGUGCACGCCGUCUGGCUCGGCAAGGUCUUCUGGAAGGGGGACCCCCAGCUCCUGAAGAGACGCCCGCAGGGGGACCAGGACUACCUCCACGCCUACGACACCUGCGCCAAAUACCUGGACAGGCUGUCCCCGGCAGACGCCGUCCGCUUCCUGGACGGGAUCACCUUCUCGCCGGAGGCGGUCAAUCAGCUGAGCGUCCAGACUCGACAGGAGGUCAUCAAGAGGGCCACCAAGGCCCUGCGGCAGCUGGAGACCAAGAGCAGGAAGAAGGGGGCGGGGCAGGACCCGGAGGGGGCGGGACCCGGCCCGGCGGCCCAGAUGUCAUUGGACGAGGCGCUGGCUCACCUGCAGCAGUCCCAGGCACACCUGGACACCCUGGGCCACGCCUUCAUCCUGUCACUCAAAGAAAGCCAGGAGCCGCAGCUGAGGGACUACAGCCACGCCUACGACCUCUCCCGGUCCGAGAGGUCCAAGGUGCACCGUCUGGCCGUCACCAUGGCAACAGACGGACAGCCGCUGGGCCGAAUAGGAGAGCUGCUGGCCGUGGCCGGAGGAUCGCCGGAACUCUCGGUCAAAUCCGUGCUGCACGACGCAGUGGCCCGGGUGGUGGCCACUCUCAGUGGGGACCCAGAUGCCGAGGCAGAUUACCCACAACCCCUUACUGUUCUGGAAGCCAUGGUGACCGCUGUACACAAUCACGUGCAGAGUGGCGACAGCGCGGUGACCUCUGACGACCUGCUGGCCUGGCUGCGUCCGUUCUGCGGCGACGCGGCUCUGCCGGUGCGGCCGCGGAUCAGCGUGCUACAGACGCUGGAGAACAGCUUCAGCCUGCGGGACGCCGACGUCCGCCUGCUGCUGCUGUACCGCACCCGCGCCGUGCUCCAGGAACGACCGGUGGAGAUGGAGGACGUGGAGACGGAGGACCAGCGCUACCGCCUCUUCCUGGACCUGCUCGGGAGCGCCCGCAAGUGGGAGGAGUUUCAGCAGCUUAUGCUCCUCCUCCAGGCCUGGCCGCCCAUGAUGAACGAGGAAGUGGUGGGAACGGAGCGUAACCCCUGGGUGGUCCUGAGCUCGGCACUGCUGGCGCUGUCCCAGAGCCCGGAGGUGCAGGUGGACCUGGGUCAGGAGGUCCUGUCCAUGGUCCGAUCCCUCUACAGGACCAAGCACAAGCUGCCCGCACAGUGCGUGGGCCACAUGGCGGCGGAGCUCCAGGGCCAGACGGGCCUCCAGCAGCCCGCCCUCAAGCUCAUGGCGGAGAGCGGCGACGCGAGGCUGCUGCUGCUCACCCGGGACCAGAUCAACAGCAUGAGCGAGGAGACUGCGUUGUCCUGCGACGCUGAGCUGCUGUCCCUGCUGCUGGACGCCGGGCUGCUGGUGGGCUGCGUCCCGUCGGCCCUCUACCCGCUGCUCAGCGCCCACCUCCUGUCCCAGCACCAGCAGGGGGGUUGGGACGUGGAGGAGGCCGCCUCGGAGCUGCUGUCGGCAGGCCACGGGCCCCAGGCCGGCUCCCUGCUCCUGGCCCACCGCGGGACCCACCCGGCCCAGGUCACCUUCAGCACCGCGCUGGCCGUGCUCAAGAGGUGGCUCUGAGGGCCCGCAGAGGUGUGUGUGUGUGUGUGUGUGUGUGUGCGGAGGAUUGUGGAGGAAUCGUUUUGCCUAAAGACGAUAAAACCGUUGAUCCUAUAAAUGUUUUUGGAUGAAUGUCUUUUUUUUGUGUCUUGUGUUACACCUACUUUAUCCAACACAGUGUGACACACGGCUACACGGACACACACAGUAUAUAUAUGAGUCAACCCACACAGGUAUAUAUAUAUAUAUAUACACACACACACACACACACACACACACACACACACACACACACACACACACACACACACACACACACACACACACACACACACACACAGAGACUUCCUGUCGCCACAUAAUUCGGCAAUAAAUCUGAUUAGCUAUUGAAAGCUAUUGAAGCCUCUGUGUGUUUCUUGGUAUGCUUUUGUCUAUCUUUUUUUCUAUCUUCCUUCGACUUGUACUUGUGUGUGUGUGUGUGUGUGUGUGUGUGUGUGCGUGAGUGUGUGAGAGAGAAAGAGAGUCAAUGAGUGCGUCCUAUUCCAUUAUUAUGUAAUGGGUUAACCAAGCCCUAUCAGGGGAAUGCUGUCGCAGUGAUAUGGGCUAUUGUUCCAUGGCUUUUCCUCGCCGUACAAUUGUCGUUUUCCUAUUUGACUUUUGAACACCUUCCCUUACCAUGCAAUUGUUUUCCAUUCUUAAUAACGUUUAAUUAAUUUCUUUCGUACUACAUGCCCUUCCAUCGCAUCCCAUGCGGUUUAAAAGGUGUGUGCAUGUCUGUAUGUGUGAGAGAGAUGUGGUGUGUGUGUGUGUGUGUGAUUCAACAAGUACAUUUGCCUUAGUUAUUUUCCGUGGAACUAAUGAUUUUGACAUAAAUUGCUGUUUGUGUUUGUGUGUGCGGAAGAUGUGUAUUUCAGUGUGUACCUAUGACCUCUCACAAAAUCCCAAAAGAGCACGGGGCAUUUGCUCUGCUUCCUUCAACUUCAAACAUCAUGAAAUAAAUCUAAAUCCCAAAUCUGAA